CCGCACACUCAGCCAGCGCUGCCCGUGGCCUCUUUGGGCUUGGACUGCCAGCAUGAGGUACUCCUGGUGACACUGCCCCGUGUGCCUUUCUGGGUGUUAACUGCCAGCAGUGGGCACGUCUCGUGGGACACUGCCACGACCUGGCCACACUGAUGUCCCUUCCCAGCUGGGCUUUCCCCUCCCGCAGCUUUUCCUGGGGUCCUGAAAGGCAGUGGGCUGCCCUUCUCCGGGAAGAGGAAGAGGGACUUUAAGCCCUGCUGGUUCCACAUCUCACUCCCCUCCGGCCCUACCCAUAGGUCCCACAGGUCAGUGUCACUGUCACAUCCCCCAAAUAGCCACUCAGGGCUGAAGGCACGCUCUGGCAACAGCUUCCCUUUCCUUCCACACUCCACAACUACAGCCGCAACCAAGGAGGCAGGUAGGGGGACUCAUGGCACAGGAAGUCACACAUACCACACCCCAGUCAUAUACCCACAUGCUCCCGCACGCGUGGCACUCACUGCCUCAUGCUCUUUCCUGGUCCUCAGGCCCAGAGGCCAGUCCCUUCCUACUGGAGCGUACUGCCCAGUCCUGGGUUCCUGAGCCUUCCCCACUUCUACCCAGCACCCUCUCCAGCCUGGGGUCCGAGGCUUGGGCAUUAUAAAAGCCCUGGGAAGAGGGCCCCUGCCUCCCACCCCCAUCCUAGGCAAGGGAGGUGCAAAGGCCUACAACAUGGUUGCAGGCUGAGAAGCUUUAGAAACAGAGGCCCCCGGACUGCCAGAGCCUCAGUGAAGGGCCAGAGAGGCUCCUGGGAGGCUGAGAGACUUGAUGCUUUGCUGGGGACACUCUGGGCUACGAAGCCGUGGAUGCCUUGAACUCGUCAGCAAAGGCCUCAGGGGCAGUAGCAGAGGCCGCAGAGCGCACCGUUCGCCUGGGCCCCCGGUCCUCCGACCAGGCGAAGCUUCGCCGGCUGUUGGGAUCCCCGGCCGGGAUGCACUUCAGCACCGUCACCAGAGAUAUGGAAGGCGCAUGUUCCCCACGUUUCAAGUGAAGCUCUUUGGCAUGGACCCCAUGGCCGACUACAUGCUCCUCAUGGACUUCGUUCCAGUGGACGACAAGCGCUACCGGUAUGCCUUCCACAGCUCCUCCUGGCUGGUGGCCGGGAAGGCGGACCCUGCCACACCAGGCCGCGUACACUACCACCCUGACUCGCCUGCCAAAGGUGCCCAGUGGAUGAAGCAAAUUGUGUCCUUCGACAAGCUCAAGCUGACCAACAACCUGCUGGAUGACAACGGCCAUAUUAUUCUCAACUCCAUGCACAGAUACCAGCCCCGCUUUCACGUUGUCUAUGUGGACCCACGCAAAGACAGUGAAAAAUAUGCUGAGGAGAACUUUAAAACCUUUGUGUUUGAGGAGACUCGCUUCACUGCGGUCACUGCCUACCAGAACCAUCGGAUCACGCAGCUCAAGAUCGCCAGCAACCCUUUCGCCAAAGGCUUCCGAGAUUGCGAUCCGGAGGACUGGCCCCGGAACCACCGGCCCGGCGCGCUGCCGCUUAUGAGCGCCUUCGCGCGCUCGCGGAACCCCGUGGCCUCCCCCACGCAGCCCAACGGCGCAGAGAAAGACGCGGCCGAGGCACGGCGAGAAUUCGAGCGCGAAGCGGGCGGACCGGCCGUCCUCGGGGACCCGGCGCACCCGCCGCAGCUGCUGGCACGGGUGCUGAGCCCCGCACUGCCCGGGGCCGGCGGCGCCGGCGGCCUCGUCCCGCUGCCCGGUGCGCCCGGAGGCCGACCCAGCCCUCCGCACCCCGAGCUGCGCCUGGAGGCGCCCGGCGCGUCGGAGCCGCUGCACCACCACCCCUAUAAGUACCCGGCCGCCGCCUACGACCAUUACCUCGGGGCCAAGAGUCGGCCGACGCCCUACCCGCUGCCAGGCCUGCGGGGCCACGGAUACCACCCGCACGCGCACGCGCACCCGCACCACCACCACCCCGCCGUGAGCCCGGCGGCCGCCGCCGCUGCCGCUGCCGCCGCUGCCGCCGCCGCCGCCGCCAACAUGUACUCGUCGGCCGGGGCCGCGCCACCCGGCUCCUACGACUACUGCCCCAGAUAAUGCGGGCGUCCGCCGGCUGCUUCCUCGCCCGGGGUCCCCGCACAGCCCCGAGGGCCGUCGGGGUCCCCGUCCACCCAGCCCCAAGGGCCGUCCAAGAACAUGUUCCUUCAGCCCCGGGGGCCAGUGCGGGUCUCCCCUUCCCCAGCCUCGAAGCCAUCGGGGUCCUCCACUCUCUAGCCCCAAGGCUGUCGAAGGAUCUGGUUCUCCAGUCCUGGGAACCACCGCGGGUCUCUCCCCAGCCCGGAGGGCCACGGGGUCCGCGCCCGCCAGUGCCAAAGCGCCCGGUCAGCGGCGGAAGGAAGUGAUAUUUAUUGUUCUCCGCGAGACCGCGUCGCCCCCUACCCCCAACCCCCGGCCCGGCCGGCAGUUGCAGUGUAGACGACCCGAGAGCCCGUCUGCAGGCGGUGUAGAUACGUGUAGAUAUUUGUAGAUACUGUAGAUACCGCGCCGGCGCCGACUUGAUAAAGGUUUCGCCUCUUUUGGAA